AGUUCAGACCUGUGUCUGCUGCAUAGCUGAAAUCUUGAGCAACUCCUUCAGUCUGACAUGGCAGAAAAACCAAUGCGUAUGUCCACACAAGUACAUGACGAUGAAGAUCUACAAAAAGAAGAUAAUAUCCGUUGCUUAACUACGCUUGGUCAUUUUGGUUUUGAUUGUUUGCCUCGUCAACUGGUGAACAAAUCUGUUCAACAAGGGUUCUUUUUUAAUAUUCUCUGUGUGGGGGAAACUGGGAUUGGAAAAUCAACAUUGAUCGACACACUGUUCAAUACUAAUUUGAAAGACAAAAAAUCCUCACAUUUUUACCCAAAUGUUGGACUUAAAAUUCAGACAUAUGAACUUCAGGAAAGCAAUAUUCAAUUGAAUUUAACUGUUGUGAAAACAGUGGGGUAUGGUGAUCAAAUAAACAAGGAAGCCAGCUACCAGCCGAUAGUUGACUACAUAGAUGCUCAAUUUGAGUCCUAUCUUCAAGAAGAAUUGAAAAUUAAGCGUUCCUUUGUUGACUACCAUGAUUCCCGUAUCCAUGUGUGCCUUUACUUCAUUUCACCUACAGGACAUUCUCUGAAAUCCCUUGAUCUAUUAACCAUGAAGAACAUUGACAGUAAGGUGAACAUUAUACCACUGAUUGCCAAAGCAGAUACAAUUUCUAAAAAUGAUUUACAGAAAUUUAAGUGUAAGAUAAUGAGUGAAUUGAUUAGUAAUGGCAUCCAGAUAUACCAAUUCCCAACAGAUGAUGAAGCUACCACGCACGUGAACACCUCAAUGAAUGGACUCUUGCCUUUUGCUGUAGUAGGAAGUAUAGAUGAAGUGAAAGUUGGAAAAAGAAUGGUCAGAGGCCGUCAGUACCCUUGGGGAGUUUUACAAGUGGAAAAUGAAAAUCACUGUGACUUUGUUAAGCUCCGGGAUGUGCUUCUUUGUACAAACAUGGAAGACUUGAAAGAACAAACCCACACGUGGCAUUAUGAACGUUAUAGGUGCAGCAAACUUCAGAAAAUGGGAUUUACUGAUGUGGGUCCAGACAACCAGCCAGUUAGUUUUCAAGAGAUCUAUGAAGCCAAAAGGCAGGAUUUCUUGAAUCAGUGUCAGAGGGCAGAAGAAGAGUUGAAACAGAAGUUUAUGCAGAGAGUGAAGGAGAAAGAAACAGCAUUUAAAGAAGCUGAAAAAGAGCUACAGGACAAGUUUGAGCAUCUUAAGAGGGUCCAACAAGAGGAGACAAUGAAACUGCAGGAGGAGAGAAGACAAUUGGAAGAAGAAAUAAUAGAUUUUUAUAAAAUGAAGACUGCCUCUGGAACAUUGCAGACUCAGGAGUGUACCAGUAUAAGGAAAGACAAAGAUCGUAAGAAAUAAUCCUCUCUUACCACCUGUGUGUCAUGGAGCCCUAUCACUCUCAAUCCCAUCUUCCUGUGAGAUUUUUCUCUUAGCACUAAUUCUGAUUGAAAUUAUACUAAGUUUUAAAAUCUGUUUGCUUAUUGUAUAUUUUCUCCAACUAGAAUGUGAACUCCUUGGGAGUAGGUACCUUGACCAUCUUGUUAAAUGUUCUGUCCUCAGUGUUUAGAACAAGAGUAGCACAGAAUUAGCAGUCAAUAAAUAUUUGCUAAAGUGAAAGAAAAUCAAAGAAUUAUAUAGCACAGUGUGAAAAGUGAUUAGCUGUUGAAAUUCUUUUACCAUAGCCCUACCUGUGGCUCCAGGGACCAAGUGUAUGUAUACUAUUUCAUAUCUAAAUAGAAGUAGGGGAUUUGUUGGCAUAAAAUAUUAUGUUAUAAAAGGCUAAUUCUUAUGCUGAUAUUCCUUAACAAAUUCUACUGAUAAUAAUUUCUUGAUAGUUUUUAUUAAAUAAAAUAUUGUUU